UUUUCAAUGCAGCUAAACAGUGAAGGAGACAUUUUUGCAUGUAUGAUCUUUUCUACCUUCUGUUGCAGAUCACUCCUCCGUUGGGAUGUAUGUGCUACUCCUCUCCACCAACAACAAAAUUAUUUAUUGAUGGGAAAUUUAUUGAAUCUCGCACCUCCGAAUGGAUUGACAUUCACAACCCUGCAACAAAUGAAGUGAUUGGCAAAGUCCCAAAGGCCACCCAAGAAGAGAUGCUUGCUGCCUUGAAUUCCUGUCAGCGUGCUUACCCGUCUUGGUCAGAGACCUCAGUGUUGAGUCGGCAACAAGUUUUUUUAAGGUAUCAGCAACUCAUCAAAGAAAACAUGGCUGAAAUUGCCAAGCUCAUCACAAAAGAGCAAGGUAAAACUUUGCCAGAUGCUGAAGGAGAUGUUUUCAGAGGCUUACAGGUUGUUGAACAUACUUGCAGUAUCACAUCUUUAAUGCUGGGUGAGACCUUGCCCUCCAUUACCAAAGACAUGGACACAUUCACCUACAGACUGCCUUUAGGAGUGUGUGCUGGCAUCACUCCCUUUAACUUCCCAGCCAUGAUUCCACUCUGGAUGUACCCUAUGGCUAUGGUGUGUGGCAAUACCUUCCUGCUCAAACCUUCGGAGCGUGUUCCAGGAGCAGCCAUGUUGCUUGCCAAGUUAUUACAAGAUGCAGGAGCUCCAGAUGGAACCCUUAAUAUUAUUCAUGGGCAGCAUGAUGCUGUGAACUUCAUUUGUGACCAACCUGCGAUAAAGGCCAUAAGUUUUGUCGGUUCCAAUCAAGCAGGAGAGUACAUCUAUACAAGAGGUUCUAAAAAUGGCAAGAGAGUGCAGUCAAACAUGGUGAAUAUCCUUUUCAUUCCCUAGUUAUUGGACUUUAUC